AUGAAGUUCAUUCUUCUGUUGGCUCUCGGAGCCUUUGGAGUAUUUGAAACGGUGGCGACCGAGAAUCCUUGCGAAGGAGUGCUGAUGGGAAUUGUGCUGCAUCCAGAAUUUUGUUGGAAGUAUUUCGUUUGCUUCAAAGAGGAAGCUGAAGAACAAACCUGCCCUGAUGGGGAAAUUUUCUCCUACGAAGAAGUUGGUUGUGUGCCAGGUAAUCGGAACACUUGUGUAGAAGGCGAACCAGAGCCGGAACCGGAACCUUCUGAAAAUCCUUGCGGUGGAAUUUGGCUAGGAAAUGUAGCGAAUCCAGAUGAUUGUACCAAAUUUACCCGCUGCGUUUUAGGACGUCCAUCGGUGGAAAAAUGUCGUGAAGGUUGGGUCUUUUCCCGGACACUCUUCUUCUGUGUUCCCGGUGCGCCCAACAGUUGCGACGUUUGGGCUCCUCCAGUGACCUCAACUCCAGCUCCGGGAGAGAUCCAACCGAUCCCGAUGGACUUCUGCAUCAACCAGAACAAGGCCAUCGGACGGCUUGCGCAUCCACAGUUUUGUACCCGAUACGUCAAUUGCUUCCUUUUCACUCCUUCGGAUCACAGCUGCCCUCCAUGGAUGGUUUUCGACGCCAAAAGAAUGAUUUGCCUGCCCGGAAAUCCAAACACCUGUGAUACUAUCCUGGGACCUGGUGCUUCAACAACCACGGCUUCGCCUCCAAUUACCGAUGAGGUCUGUGAGGAAACAUCCGUUGGAGUUAUUCCGCAUCCGUAUUCCUGCUACAAAUACUUGAUCUGUUUCCGGGGACGAGUGUCGGAAAACGAGUGCCCAAGCUAUCAUGUGUUUUCGGAAAAGUACAAUAUUUGUUUGCCUGGUAAUCGGUACGAUUGCACCAUCUACGGAGCAGAUGAUUAA